UACCCCUCCAACUCCUCCUUCUUCUUUUCUUUCCCUCUUGUCUCUCAGACCAUUGAUAUCUCCCUGAUCCUGCCUUCCACUCAGCUUCGUUCCACCAUGCCCAAAGCACUCCUGCUGCUGUGUGUUGUCCUGGUGCUACUUGGGCUUGUGCCUGGAGCCACAGUGAGAAACGGAGAGAAAUGGAAGCCGCUCAACAAUCCCCGGAACAGAGAGCUGUUUUUCAGAACCCUUCAGGCAUAUCUUAAGGGAAGAGGUCUUGAUCUUGGGAGAUUUCCGAACACUUUCUCCAUGAAUGAGAAUCCCAGACCCCUCUCUUUCCAAUCAGAACUUCUUGCUUCUGCAUUUGCAGAUUAUGAGGAGCAGAAAAACUCCUUUCCUAAUUACAUCAAAGGCUGAAUAUUUCCUCUGAACACAGGUGUCUGGCUAUUUUAAAACUACAGAUCAAGCUUCUCAUCAGAAAAAUUCAAUCAUGGUCAUGGCUAAACCUUUUCCCCCUCCACUUUUGUCAAUUUAUAAUGGUUUUAUUCUACAUUUCCAGAUUUACAUAUAAAUGGGUCGAGCUUUGGGACAUAUGUGACUUAUGUGCAUAUUUUUGGAGUCUUUUUUCCAUUCUAUAAACCAUAAACAUCAAUGUAGAGCACUGGACAUAUUUCUAAGAGUUACAAAAAUACUGUAGAGUCCAAAGAGAUGAUGAUCUUUCAAAUUACCUUUCUUUUAAGCUUGUCUUUCAAGCUUGUGUGCUUAUUACCUUUUAUCAAUAAACAUUAAAAAAAAAUUUUUUUAAUGUUUAUUUAUUUUUGAAGGAGAGAGAUACAGAGUAUGAGCAAGGGA